AUGGAAUACCUCUCCUCCCUGAACCCCAGUGGCCUGCUCAGGACAGUAUCUAAUAUGAGCUCUGAGUUUGGACGGAGGGUCUGGACCUCAGCUCCACCACCGCAGCGACCUUUCCGUGUCUGUGAUCACAAGCGAACUAUCAGGAAAGGCCUGACAGCUGCCACCCGCCAGGAGCUGCUAGACAAGGCAUUGGAGACCCUGCUGCUGAGUGGAGUGCUGACACUGGUGCUGGAGGAGGAUGGGACUGCCGUGGAGAGUGAGGACUUCUUCCAGCUGCUGGAGGAUGACACAUGCCUGAUGGUGCUGGAGCGUGGGCAGAGCUGGAGCUCCACCAGGAGUGGAGUGCUGUCAUAUGGCCUGGGACGGGAGAAGCCCAAGCACAGCAAGGACAUUGCCCGCAUCACCUUUGAUGUGUACAAGCAAAACCCUCGAGACCUCUUUGGAAGCCUGAACGUCAAAGCCACCUUCUACGGGCUCUACUCCAUGAGUUGCGACUUUCAAGGACUCGGCCCAAAGAAAGUACUCAGGGAGUUCCUUCGUUGGACUUCCAAGCUACUGCAAGGCCUGGGUCAUAUGUUGCUGGGAAUUUCCUCCACUCUUCGCCAUAUAGUGGAGGGGGCUGAGCAGUGGCAGCGGCAGGGUCGCCUCCAUUCCUACUGAGAAGGGGCUCUGAGCUUCUGCCCCCAGACAUAUUCCAAGAGACACACUAUGAGAGACUGACAGAAUCAGGUUUUGGGACAUGCAGAUAGUGCAGGCUAGGUAACUCACCCAGUUUCCCCACUGUUCUCUGACUCUAUUGUGACAGACCCAUCAGCAUAAUGCCUUACACCCCAAGCCUACACCAUACCUGAAGAAUGCUGUCCCUUCCUAGCUAUAUUUGCAGCCUCCCAUCUCCCCUGACAGGCCACAAGCCCAUCCCCAGACAUCUUGAUUCCAACCUGACUGCUGCUAUAUCUAGAUCCCUCACCAACUCCUGUCCCUGAGCACCCAGCACACUGACGACACCCCUCUCUGACUUUACUGUGAGAUCACUAUGUCUUCAUACCCUUCUUCCAAAAAAUAACCAAAACAUUUCCAAUAAAAAUACAAAAAUGUUUAUCA